ACAGGGAAAUUAAUAGAAAAUGCAAAAAAAUAAUAAUAAAACAAAAAAAAUCGUAGCAUUUGGAUGAACCGAUGAGAGUUGAUCGGCUGAUUGACGACGAGAGCUGAAUAAUUGCGAGCGCUGUCUAUCGUGGACAAAGAAACAGGAAGGAGACCAUAAGAAAGAGUUGGCUGAGUGGUGGCUCGAUAUCCGAGUGCGUGAUACGCGAUCGCCAGAGUCGAAUCUCGGCUGCGUGGUGCAGCUACAAGGGGCCCCUUUUCGCGCGCUCGAGCCGACGGCUAGCGCCACCCCCGCCCGCCCGCAAGCGACGCCAGCUACAGCGGCAGCCCCCUACACACCCACGCGCACUGGCUGCCGCCAGUCUCAGUCGUCCGCGCACCCUCUGACGGAGAGGGUGGCUUGCUCUCGUCGUUGGACCUGCUGCUGCCGCGCCGCUGAUGCUGCCACUGGCACUGCAACUGCAAUAGGCCAAGCGCUCUAUCGCUGCCGCGGCCGGGAUAUCAGCUGCUGCCACUGCGAUCUUUCAGUUGCAGCUCUGCUCAGGUCGCUCGCGCGAGCCGCCAGGCCGGGGAGGCAGGACGAAGCGGCGACGGAGGAGCAGGAGGCCGAGCUACAGCGGGAGGAAGCAGCGUGCCAUGUGAACGAUCAAGGGGCCGGCAGGGGAGGCACCGAGGGGCCUGCCGCCCGAGCAGAUCCGUCGAAAUCACGAACACGUGGCGAGACGUGAAGCGGGAACUCGACACGAUGCUCUACGGCUACACCAACAGCAUCUACGUGUUGGAUCACACCCCGGAGUCCUUGCCGGACAUGGACAUGCUGCAGUUGUUCGCGUCGCCGGCGGGUCGGGCGCUGGUGAGCAGGUCGGCCACUCGGGAGGAGCGGCAGCAGCAGCAGCAGCAGCAGCAACAACAGCAGCAGCAGCAGCAGCAGCAGCGCUCCUCGACGUCCACCUCGUCGUUGGGCAGAGAGCUGGUUUCGGGCCUAGCCUCGGGAGUGGCCUCGUCGCCGUCCUCCUUCUCGUCCACGUCCACGUCGUCGUCCUCCUCGUCCGCGUGCGCGUCCAACUCGGCGACGAGCAACAGGCGGCCUGGCACGGUGAGCGCCCCGACCUCGCCACCCAGCCGACAGCGCAAGUCCAGUACCGAGCUCUACAAAGAGGCCAUUGAGAUCCUCGGACUGACCUGCACCCUCAGCGACAGCUGCCGCUGCAUCGACUGCCAGAGUAACUACUUCGACUACGAUGACGAUUACGGCGAGGUGAGAACGGAAUUGGCAGCUGGAACGCCAAUACUGCUGGACCACGCGCUGACGCAUCCGCUGGCCUGUUCCAUUCAGUAGCAACUGAUUUAAGCGCGGACACGUCUCGCCACGCCACGGCAGAAAUUGCAAUUUCUGCCUCAGUCGGACGGCGUCGCCGCAAAUACCUUUCUUCCAAUUUCACUUCAUUGUUUGAGUUGCCAUCGCACUGCUUAACAUCAUUAUUCUUUACAUCGACACCUUGUAUGACAGUUUUACAGCGCUGUCGUUUAACUCAUAACAAACUCUAGAGCAGUUCAUCUUUAAAGUGCUGUAUACUUGAGAGAUACGUGAGCUCUCGAAGCAAUCUGAUUUGUCCAACUUUUUACGUUCAUUCUUUUGCAUCGACAUUUCAGUUUGAUUAAUCCAUUGACGGACAUCGCGGCGGCAAUUCUAGGCUAUACGGAAUGUUCAAGUAAAUAAAAAGAAAGUGACAAAUAGAACAUAAUGACAAAUAGAAAAUAAGAAAGUUCGUGAAAGAAAAAUAGUUGUAUUGGUACGAAAACGAUUUUAGUAAAGAAUUAUUAAAGGUCAUCUGGCGCGAUUUUACGACGUUGCUUUAGCGAAUCGAUUUGUAAUCGAAGAAAGUGUCGAAAAUUGUUGAUUGAGUUGCAUGUGACAGCAUCCCUUGCGCACAGUAACGCAUAAGCAACAAGUAUCAUCAAUAAUGCAUGAUGUUUGAUCAAGAAUGAUGAUUAUCGAUUCAUCAUCGGUUACAUAACAUUCGUCUUCGAGCACGAUAAUAUUUAUCUAUCAAUGUACCAGUAUCGAAAACAUUAUGUGUUCAGUACUAUAACUUUCCAAUAGACAUCUUGGCUCUACAUAUAUUUUCCACUCACAAGCCACGUUGAUUUUGUAUUUUCUUUGAUUUCGAUGUUAUUGCGACAGUGUCAGCGAAUUUCAUUGAUCGCUACCGCUAUGAGAUAACUGAAAACAAAAUAACGAACUUAUUGGCCUCAGCCAUUUCUGCUAAUCAUUCGAUCGAUUUUAAUGCCGGCAUAUAUAAUUGCAAAGUAUUUUUUAACAUCAAUGUUUUAUUAUAGAUAUACAUUGACGCGUGAUUUACUGAGAGAUUUUAUGAACAAAGAAAAAGAAAAAAAAGACAAAAAAAAACAGAAAAAUAAAAGACAAAAAAACUUGCAUGAAUGAAGCUUAAGUGCCAAACGCUAUCUACAUAUAACCAAACCUUGAUCAAACAAUGGAAGUAUCUACUUAAUAACUAUGUAUGCAUAAUAAUGUACUUGCCAAAUAUCAAGUGUUAUCGUGUGUACAUAAUCUAAGAGACUGUGAACUUUGGCACUUGAAGAACCCUCUACAACUAGAUGUCGAUAAUAUUUCUACAAUGUAAACGCGAUACUAAGGGUAAAAUACAGCUGCUUGUAUAGUUUCGUAAACUCGUUUCGUCGUUGAAGGGUGUUAUUUUAAAGACAGCAUCACGACUUUAUCGAAUCUUUGUUUUCGGAUGAUUACUUGACUAUGAGAAUUGUGAAUCGGUGAAAAACCAGCUGUACGUUUACUUUUCAACGGAUACAACAAUCUAAAGUAAAAUAGCAGAAAGUAAGGCGUAUAGCCUAAUCCAGAGAUACUCGAUCUCGUUUGCUAAUAGUGUGGAAAUUUCAUGAAAAUCAUUCAUUUAUCUGUGAAGCUGUCGAUCGAAACGUCAAUCACAAGAGCUAUUGAAACUCUAAACGUCAAGUUUAUCGUUUGCGUUUCUUAGUUAGUUAUUUGUUAUUGCUUUUUACAAAGAUCAUCAUGUACUGCAUCGUAUACUAAUCAAUUAUCAGAAUAAUAGUUUUGAAUUUUAGAUACGUAGUAUAGUUGAAUAUUCUCAAUUGAAGAUAAAAUGCGCUAUAUUGUUGUUAAACGUGUGUGAAGGUAAUUGAAAACAAUUUUGAAAAAAUCAUUAAUAUAGAUUAUUGACUAAAAAUCUUUGACAAUGAUCAUUUAUUAAACGUUGAUAACAUGAAAUUUGAUAUAUAAUCUGCGAAUCUUUGGACCUUUGACAUUAAGUUUGCCUUACUGUGAAUCGGUCGAGCUGUACAUUUAUUUGUAUUAUAUAGAUAUGAUUUCCGCUGCUUCUCGAAGAAAGUAAUGAUAGCCAUGGAAAGCGGGAUAAUGGAUGUCAAUACCAUCGCAUUGUAGAUCGAGCGUGGCGAUUGUUUCAAAACUUGCUCGAACUGUGGAGUAUCUUUCUAUAAUAAUAUAUGAUGAAAAUUUAACUCUAUGCCACAAUGACUCGUACAAAUUUCUUUCAUCAAGAUUUGUAUAUAAACUUUUUAAUAAGCAUUUUAUAUUUGUAAAGGAUAUACGUGUAUUGUUUAUGAUAAAACUUGACAAAGCCUUUUCUCGUUAGGCAUUUUUCCUACUUGUAAUUUUUGUUUUGCUGUAUCCAAAUAUCAUUUUAAUAAAUAUUGAAU